UCGUCAGAGCAUUUAAUUCAUAAUCGGCACAACAUCUGAAGUUAUGUUGUCAGUAUAAAUGUUUGCUUUUGUGUAUACUGUUGUUUCCUAUAGACGUGUCUGAAAAGACCGCAGAUAUAAGAUUUAAUGUAGUGAAAGAUCACGUGAUCAAAAACUGAAACAAUCCAGAAAGAUGUUAAGAAUUGGGCGGGCUUUGGUUUUUGGAGGGAAGUUCAGUGAUUGGUUUGAACUUUUCACAGACUCCAACCAAUAAGCGAACGAUAGGCACGUAUAACUUCUGAAAACCACAAACUCCAUCUCAUAUUUCCUUCGUGUUUUUAUAAUCGUGAGGAUUUUAUAUCUUAAGUAACAAUGAGUGGAAGAGGUAAAACCGGCGGUAAAUCAAGAGCGAAAGCUAAGACUCGGUCAUCCAGAGCGGGUCUUCAGUUUCCCGUCGGCCGUGUUCACAGGCUACUCCGCAAAGGUAACUACGCACAACGCGUCGGUGCCGGAGCUCCAGUUUAUCUCGCCGCUGUCCUCGAGUAUCUUACCGCUGAGAUCUUGGAGUUGGCCGGAAACGCCGCUCGGGACAACAAGAAGAGUCGGAUCAUUCCCCGCCAUCUACAGCUGGCCGUGCGUAACGACGAGGAGUUGAACAGACUUCUGGGCGGCGUGACCAUCGCCCAGGGCGGUGUGUUGCCCAACAUCCAGGCGGUCUUACUGCCCAAGAAGACCGACAAACCCGCUAAGACCAAGUAA